AUUUGACAUUGCUGCUGCUGCAAAUCGCGAAAAGAAGGCAGCGAGACGGCACGGCACAAAUCGGCUCUCGGUCGCAAUAUUUUGCUUCUGCCGUGGAAAACUAAACCCAUUUCGUGGUCGGUGGAAAUCAUCCGUACUCCCCGGAAGGCUUUGCGGCCAGUUUAUUUUUCAGUGAACAGUUUCCGCGAUGUCAACAAUGGAGCGUCAUUCGACCUCCGUCACGCCCGUCGCCCGGCAACCCAGCCUAGACGAUAUGAAUCUGGACCAGUUCCUGAAGAUUUCCAACUACGAGGACACGGUGAAGCAGCUCGACAUCUACUACGGAAUUGUGAAACGACAGCUGCUGCAGUUCCAAAGUCCUAUCACGGGCCUGUUCCCGGUGCUCAGCACGGACCGGGAGGUGGGCAGCAUACGGGACAGCGUGUACUGCGCCGCAGCGAUCUGGAGCCUUUACCAGGCCUACCGCCGGAUCGAUGACGAUCGGGGCAAGAGCUACGAGUUGGGCCAGUCGGCGGUGAAGUGUAUGCGCGGCAUCCUGGAGUGCUGGAUCAAGCAGGCGCACCGGGUGGAGAAGUUUAAAUCGCGCCAGUGCGCGGUCAACGCGCUGCACUGCAAGUUCCACCUGGACACGGGCGAGGAAAUCUACGCGGACGAAAACUACAACCAUCUGCAGAUCGACGUGGUGUCGAUCUAUCUGAUCUUUCUGGUACAGAUGAUCACGUCCGGGCUGCAGAUCAUCUACACGCAGGACGAGGUGGCGUUCGUGCAGAAUCUGGUGUACUACGUGGAGCGGGCGUACCGUACGCCCGACUUCGGCAUGUGGGAGCGGGGCUCGAAGUAUAAUGACGGGACGCCCGAGAUCCAUGCGUCCUCGAUCGGGAUGGCCAAAUCGGCGCUGGAAGCGAUCAACGGGUGCAAUCUGUUCGGCGAGAAGGGUGCCUCGUGGAGCGUGGUGUACGUGGACAUUGAUGCGCACAACCGCAAUCGCAGCAUCUUCGAGACGAUGCUGCCGCGGGAGUCGAGCUCGAAGGGGGUGGAUGCGUCGCUGCUGCCGACACUUUCCUUUCCGGCGUUUGCGUCGCACGAGGAGCGGCUGGUGGACAUGAGCAAGCUGAACGUGGUGCGGCGGCUGAAGGGCAAGAAGGGCUUCAAGCGGUUCAGCCGGGACGGGUAUCUGUCGCGGCUGGAGGACAAAACGCGCCGCUACUACCACAAGGGGGAAAUUAAGGACUUUGAGGGGUACGAGUGCGAGUGGCCCAUGUUUUACACGUACAUGAUCAUUGACGGGGUGUUCAAGAACAAUCUCGAGCAGAUCGAGGAGUACCAGAUGGAGCUGCGGAAGUGUAUGCACUCGGACAACAAUGGAGAUCCAGUUGUAUCGAUGUGUUACGCACCGGACGGGGACGGUAUGUACACGCGCUCCUCCUCCCAGUCGCUCUUCCUGUGGGGCCAAUCGGUGUUCAUCAUUGCGCAGUUACUUACGGCCGGUUUGCUACACAUUAACGAGCUGGAUCCGAUCCGGCGAUAUUUGCCGUCGUACAACCGACCCCGGAAAGGUGGUCGCUACUCAGCCUUUCAGGCGAAACCGGGAAUUCGUACCAAAAUCGGAAGUGCGCUGGCCAUGAAUCGCCCGGUAACACCACCGCACAUUGUGGAGCGCCAGGACCAAAUGUCGGACUCCAGCGAACCAGCGCGAGGCACAGCAACGGAUCUGGUCGUGCAGAUAGUGCUGAUCGCUGAGUCGAUGCGCCUGCAGGCCAUGAUGGCCACGUACGGCAUUCAAACGCAAACACCACAUGAAGUUGAACCCGUCCAAAUCUGGUCCUCGACGCAGCUCAUCAACGUGUACCAGCAGCUGGGCGUGAACGAUAAGAUCGGGCUGACCGGGCGACCACCCCGCCCGGUCGGUUCGCUCGGCACAAGCAAAGUGUACCGCAUCUGCGGCAUGACCGUCCUCUGCUAUCCACUUAUUUUUGAAGUGUCCGAUUUCUACCUCUACCGCGACAUGGCCCUACUGAUCGACGACAUCAAGACGGAGCUGCAGUUCGUGGGCAAGUACUGGCGGCUAUCGGGCCGGCCGACCGUGUGCCUACUGAUCCGCGAGGAGCACAUGCGCGAUCCCCAGUUCAAGGAGAUGAUCGAUCUGCUGGCCAUGCUGAAGAAGGGCUACUGUGACGAUAUGAAGGUGCGAAUUGGCCGGCUGCAGAACCUCAUCUCGAGCUCCUGCAUUGAGCAUCUUGACUUUAUGUCCACCUCGGACCUGCCGGACGUGGGCGAUACUGCCUUUGCGCAGAUCCACCACGACUACAUCGGCUACCAGAGUCUGACGGAUGUGCCGCGUGCCCAGUCCUAUCGGGAGAAAAAGAUAACGGCGGCUGAGUAUGCGACCCGGUCGACACCGGACAUACUCGAGGCGCUGCGCAACACGGAAUCGAUCUUUCUGCAGUGCCAGCUGCUCGGUAUUAUUCUGCACCGCGAAGGCUCUCACUACGAGCUGGCGGGCGAAUCCGUUCACGUGCGACUAACCGAUCUGUACUACCGGGCCGGUACGCUGCGCUACUGGCGAGCCGUUCGCUACUGUAGCUCACUGUUGCGCCACAUUGUCGACUCGAUUUCACCGUUCAUCACGACGCUGCUCGUCAACGGGAAGCAGAUUACGGUCGGUGUGAUCGGCCAGCGGGAGACAAUCUUUGACAAGCCGAUGACACCGUCCGAGAUCCAGAACGUGAUGUACUCGACCGUGCAGCCGUACGACGUGAUCCAUGCGGUGCUGCAGCAGGAGGUGGUCCUGUACUGCGGGCGGCUGAUCGCCACCAAUCCGGACAUUUUCAAGGGCAUCCUGAAGAUCCGCGUCGGUUGGGUCCUGGAGGCGAUGCGGCUCUACCUCACGAUGAAGGGGGACGAAGGGGCGGAUAUUGAAAAUUUGUCCCCGUUUCAAAUUCGCCAGCUGCUGCAGCGGGUGCUGACCGUGAGCCAGUGGGCAAAUGAGGAUCACUUCAGUACGGUACAGCGCCGCCAGCUCGAGGGUUGCCUGUGCCGGGUGCCGAGCUCGUUCUACAACCUCGUGUGGGACGUGCUGGAGCGCACACCGCACGGCAUUACCGUGCAGGGGCACAAUCUGCCCGCCAUGCCGACCCUGACCAACAAGAGCCGCAGCGAGCUGUCCUUCUCGCUGCAGGUCGAGGAGAUGCUGCACCAAAUCACGCAACCCGAGCGGCGCCAGAUCGCGGUCGAGCUGCUGUGCAUUGUGGCCACCAUACUGAGCCGCAAUCCGGAGCUGCGCUUCCAGCAGGUGCUCGAUCUCGACCUGCUGCUGGAGGACUCGUUCGCGAUGUACUGCAAAGACCACAGCUUGCCGCCGAGCAAAGACAUUUCGCCACUGUUUUCGCUCUCCUACUCGCAGACGACCGGAUACCUGGCCCGAGCUGCCGUCAACAGUGUGCUGCAGCGGUGCGCCCUCUCCACGGAGGACUUUGCCGAUGACGUUGAGGAUCAUUGCCGCGUGCAGUAGACGGACCCGAGGGAGGAAAUAACGGGGUAUAUACAAACGCGGUGUAUACCAAAGCUACUGCUGCUGCUAGUCGAACACAGCGGGAAAGGCAGGACGUGCAGUGGAUUGUUUGUUUGUUUGUUUUUUUAAUCGCUCGCUAGGUUUGUUUUAGUGUUAGCUUUGAGUUGAGUUUUGCUAAUGAUCUUUUAUGAAUGUUGUUGUUGUUGUUUUUUAAAAAGUGACCAACGACCGGAAAAUGCCGUUUAAUCGUAGCCAAAUAGCUAGUAGACAAUGGUCCAGUGUAAUAGUCAUUGCCGUUACGAGCGCGUGCCCGCCUGCCCGCCCAAAACGGGGGCUUGGGUGGAUUAUCUUUGUAAUCUCUCGUUGUUGCAUGACAUGUAAUGAAGCAAUAAAUUUUACGCAAUCAUGACAAAUGUAAA